AUGACAGGUGGUAUGCAGCUGAACAGCUGCUGGGUUAGGACCCUCUGCACAGCGGCUGCGUCUCCAGCUGAGAGCUCGGGAUUUGUUUGGAUAAGCAAGGGCAGAGGGGGAUAUCUUGAUGACAUAACAGCAAUUGGGCCCAGAACAGUUGGAAGUCCAGAAAAUGAAAUCCAUACAGUUAACUACCUCUUAGAACAAAUUAAGGCAAUUAAAGUUGAAAGCACAGAUGCUCACAAGAUUUUUAUAGACAUACAGAGGCCCACAGGCUCCUUCAGUAUUGACUUUUUAGGAGGUUUUACCAGUUAUUAUGCAAACAUAACCAAUGUUGUAGUGAAACUGGAACCACGGAGUGGAGCUGAACAUGCGGUGUUAUCCAAUUGUCACUUUGAUUCUGUACCGAAUACUCCAGUUAUGCAGACAGUGAAGUAUUGCACCAAUCUUGCAUGUAAGCGCCAAGGAAAUAUUGGUGAUUUGUAUAGGAUUGCACAGAAAUUUGCAGAGGAGCUGAAAAUCGAGCUGUAUCACAAAGCAGCCCUGCCGCAGCAUGCUGUCAUAUUCUUAUUUAAUGGUGCAGAAGAAAACAUUUUGCAGGCUAGUCACGGCUUCAUAACACAACAUGAGUGGGCCAAGUCAAUUAGAGCUUUUAUUAACCUGGAGGCAGCAGGUGUAGGAGGGAAAGAACUUGUUUUUCAAACAGGACCUGAAAAUCCUUGGUUGGUACAAGCAUAUAUAUUUGCAGCCGAGCAUCCCUUUGCCUCUGUGGUGGCACAGGAAAUAUUUCAGAGUGGUAUUAUCCCAGCAGAUACAGACUUCCGUAUCUACAGGGACUUCGGCAACAUUCCAGGGAUAGACAUGGCUUUUAUUGAAAACGGUUACAUUUAUCAUACAGAAUAUGACACAUCAGACAGAAUUCUAACAGAUUCCAUUCAGAGAGCUGGUGAUAAUAUCUUGGCUGUCCUAAAAUACCUGGCAACAUCAGAUAAGUUGGCUAAAUCUUUUGAGUAUCGACACGGAAGGGUCGUCUUCUUUGAUAUACUUGGUCUGUUUGUCCUGGCUUAUCCUGCUCGUGUUGGCACCAUCAUGAACUAUAUGAUACUAGCAAUUGCUGCUCUUUAUUUAAGCAAAAAAGUAUUUCAGCCCAAAACCAGAGCUAUCAGUAACCUGAAGAAAUUCUCUACUGCAUUUGGCCUAACAUUGUUAAGUUGGAUCUCUGCACUGGUGACUGUCCUUAUUGUGGCAGUGUUCAUCUCUCUCAUUGGACGAUCUCUUUCUUGGUAUACCCAUUUCUAUGUCUCUUUCUCUCUGUAUGGCACUGCAGCUAUAGCUAAGCUCAUCCUUGUGCACACGCUAGCCAAGAAGUUCUUCUACAAGAAUAUGAAUGAGCAGUACCUGGGAGAUGUGUUUUUUGAUGCCUCAUUGAUGAUCUGGUCUAUCGCGUUGGCUGUACUUACUCAGAUAGGUCUAUGUUCAGCAUUCAUUUGUACAUUAUGGGUAGCGUUUCCUUUAAUCACGAAGCUGAUGAUCCAUAAAGAGUUCAGACAAAGAGGUGUCACAAUGAGGUUUGUCAUGAUGUACAUGCUAGGAAUGUUUGUUCCCUAUCUGUAUGUGAUGUACCUUAGUUGGACUGUAUUUGAAAUGUUUACUCCUAUCAUGGGACGAAGUGGUUCAGAAAUUCCACCAGAUGUAGCGUUAGCAGGAUUAAUUGUGGCCAUCACUAUGAUUCUGUCAUCCUAUUUUAUUAACUUCAUUUACCUUGUCAAAAGCACAAAAACAACCCUAAUAACUCUAACUGCUGUGUUUGUCAUCACUCUGCUUCUCGUUUGUAGUGGAAUCUUCUUUCCUUACAGUUCUGAUUCAGCUAAUCCAAAGCCUAAGCGAGUUUUUCUCCAGCACACGAGCAGAAGAUUUCAUGAUCUAGAUGGAAACUUGGUUAAGAGUGACUCUGGUAUAUGGAUUAAUGGAUUUGAUUAUAAUGGCAUAUCUCACAUAACUCCCCAUGUACCUGAAAUCAAUGACACCAUUAGGACUCAGUGUGAGGAGCGGGCUCCUUUUUGUGGCUUUCCUUGGAUUCUGCCAGUGCAUUUUAUGUUCCGGAAAAACUGGUAUCUUCCUGCUCCAGAAAUUUUACCAUCUAGCCCUGUUGGCUUUAAAGUUCUGGCCAAAGAGCUAAUGCCUUGGAACUCUGUGAGGAUAAGUUUUGAAGUAUCUGGGCCCAGUCACAUGUCGCUGUAUAUUCGACCACACAAAGGGUCAACUCUGUCCAGCUGGUCUCUUGGAGAUGGAACGCCGAUUGCUAGCGUAGGAGGGGAUUACUUUGUGUUUUACUCCCAUGGCCUGCAGGCUGCACCAUGGCACUUCUGGAUAGAAUUAACAGCUUCCGAAAAGGGCACUGAUGGAAUAGUCUCCCUUGCCAUAGCAGCACAUUAUUUCUUUGGGGAAAAUCAAAAGUCGCCUCAACUCUAUGCCUUACUGGAGAGACUUCCAAACUGGACAUUUUCUUCUGGCUGGUCCUGCACUUACGACCUUUUUGUCUUUUAAUGUUGCAGUACUGCAAAGAACAGGCAGAUCUCCCUGUCAUAGGAUGCUGCUGUAGUAAACUUUGAAAUUUUGACAAGAAGCCUCUCCCCUUCAUGAGAACUUAAGUACUUUGACGGCAAAUGGUGUUUCUCUGGCAGUUUGACUAGUUGAAGGCUAAUUCGGGCUACUACUCUCUGGGUUUCUGGGAGAAAUGCAGUGCUCCAUGUUGAUGCAGAUACAGUUCAGCUGUUUCUUCCACUGAAAUGGCAGUUUGACUAGUGCGGUUCUUAACAGGAAGACUGCAUUCAGGGAGGUAAUAUUAGCAUAAUACAAUGGCAGUUGUAAUGAGAAGGGCCUCAUGAAGAAAUUACUUUGUUACACAGAAUAUGACCAUACUUCAUGUAUGUGUGGGGACUACCACCUACCAAUGCUAUCCGUCCUAUUAAAGCAAGACCUUCAGCUAAAAGGUGAUUGUUUACAUGCUAGGGGGGUGGCAAAAUACUUCUGUCACUAGAGGAAGUCACUGGAAGCUGUAAAACCUGUCUUGGUUGCGUUCCCAGUCAUUGGCAAAUGCAUAAUGCAGAAAACGAGGUAUUAUGGAAUGUGGUAACUAUUCAUCUGGAUUGUUUUUCAAAUUUCAUCUUUAUGUUAAAAACUUAGUGCCUACCCUUUUGCCUAUCUGUUUAGCGUUGCAACUUGAGUAGGAAAGUUUGAGCAAACUACCAUCUUACACUUGUUCCUGUUGGGAUCUUUUAAGUAUCAGCAUAUUAGCAUGUGACUUGCCAUCUUUUGUAUAAGAGUGCUGAGUCACCACUCGUUUGUGUAGAUGUCUUAUAAUUAAUUCCAAACUUCUGGUUAUAAACUUACAGUUUAUUAGAAUUGGCUGUAUUUUUGGUAUCUCCUUUGGAGAGACUUCUGGUGCUGUGACAGUAUUGCAGUUUAAUACUUUCACAUUUAACUUUUUUACAGGAUAGUUUGCUUUCCAUAAGGAAAAGUAUCAAGAAGAGUCUUUUAAAAAAGAGUAUCUAAUACCUGUGGAUUGCCUUAUUUCCACAGGAUGAGGUUUACAAAUGACCUUAAGUGAUUUUUACAAUAGCUUCCAAUUUUAAUUGGCAAGCCUUGAGGUAUGAAGGUAUUUACCUGUUUUUUAUCCUCAAGGUGC